UUCUUUUAGGAGAUAGAUAAACACAUAUUUUAGAUACAUGUUAGAUUUUACUAUAUAUUAUGUAGACUUAAGAUUAGAUUUCAUAAUUUUGUUUUACUACAUAUAUAAAAGGGACCAAAGUUUGUAUGUUUUACUACUCUUCUCUGUUUUCUCUGAAAAAAAAAAACAAAAAACAAAACAAAACAAAAAAGCUAAGAAGGUCUUGUGAUUUGCUGCUGCUCGGAUGAAUUUUUCGACGAUCCCUCAUGAAUCGAACGUUGUCUCCAUCAACGUCGGAGGCCGAAUCUUCCAAACGACGAAACAAACCUUAACCUUAGCCGGAACCGAUUCUCUUCUAUCUCGACUCGUCGUCACUGACUCAACUCCUCGUUUCGUCGAUCGAGAUCCCGAUUUGUUCUCCGUUCUUCUCUAUAUCCUCCGUACUGGGAACUUACCUGCGAGAUCAUCAUCAUCAUCACGCUCCUUCGAUGUUCGAGAUCUCAUCCAUGAAUCUGGAUACUACGGUAUCGAGUCUUUCUUAAUCGAUUCACUCUCGAAUCCGUCGCAGUUCGAGCCGUUCGAUCUCCGUAGAUCUAGGAUUCUUCAAUUGAACGGUCGAGAUUCUCCGUCGGCUAUCUCGCCGUCGGUUAACGGCGGAGGUCUCCACGUGGCGCACGGUAGCAAAAUCACUUCGUUCGAUUGGUCGUUGAGGCAAAAAUCGACUGUGUUGACGAACUUCUCCGCGGUGGAUUCUCUUCUUGAGAUAUCUCCGGGAGUUUUAGCCGCCGGAGCCACCGAUUUCCCAGGUUUGCAAAUCAUCGAUCUCGAAAACGGCGGAUUCGUCCGUACGACUCUUAAUUGGGAAAACGUGACUAGGUCUAGCUCAACGGUUCAAGCCAUAGGUUCUUCCUCUGAGUUUUUGUUUACUAGCUUUGAAUCUAGCAGAAGGAACUCUAAUUCGAUUAUGGUGUAUGAUCUCUCUACCUUGUUGCAUGUGUCUGAGAUUGAUCAUUGUGAGAUUUAUGGUGCUGGCAUUGAUUCUGCGAUUCCAUCGACUAAGUUGAGAUGGGUUGAGAGUUGUAACUUGUUGAUGGUUUCUGGUUCUCAUACUAGUCCAUCUGGUGUCAAUGGCCACAUAAGGUUUUGGGAUGUUAGGUCAAGGAAUAUGGUUUGGGAGAUUAAGGAGACACAAGAUUGUUUCUCUGAUGUUACUGUCUCGGAUAAUCUCUCAGCGGUUUUCAAGGUCGGUGUGGCUUCAGGGGAUGUUUUCUACGCCGAUUUGAGGAGUUUAGGAGCUAAGGACCCAUGGGUUUGUCUUGGGGAAGAGAGAAAGAGAAGCUUGAAUGAAAGAAGAGAAGGAGUUGGGUGUAAGAUUGAGAGCUAUGGCAAUCAUGUGUUUUGUAGUAAAGGAAGUGGGAUCGAGCUUUGGUCUGAAGUGAUCACGGGGUUGGUAGGGAAUGCAAGCCGGGAUGUACCGGAAGGGAGGGUUUUUAGGAAGAAUUCAUUUGGGAAAUUAGCGGAUUCAGGAGAAAACAAGAUUACUGGAUUGGCGUUUGGAGGAAGUAGAAUGUUUGUGACCCGAAAGGAUCACCAGUCUAUUGAAGUUUGGCAAAGUCCUAGUCGUGGAAUAUCGAUCUAAUGAGCAAGUACCAAGCUCUGGUUUGGGAUGAUCACUAGUUGGUUAGAAUUGAAUCCAAAACCAAACUAGUUAGCGACUUACAUUGUCUUACUCUUACAGAAGAAUGAAACUUAAUCCCAAUAGUCCAAUACUUGAUGAAGCUGUCCCAACCAUCAACUUCUUAUUUCUGAUAAGGACUUACAUGGGUCACCGAGGCUUUGAAGGGUAUAUGCAUUGUACAUAGUAACAGGACCUUAUAAAAUUACCUGGAGAGAGAAGCAAAUGAUCAUGCUUGGGAAAGAAUGAAAUUGUGGAAACCCCUUUCGAGUUCAAACGGUUUGUUACAGAAGACAUAUCUAUGCAUUUAUCUACCAGAGCUAGUUCUGUAUUCAGAGAAGCCGCUAAUACAGCUUCCAACUUCGGCUUCGGGAACUCUGUUACCAGAAUAUCUUAUGGCUCCACCUGCCAUCCUCAGACCUC